CGUGGGGCUGCCGCUUCCCCCGCGCCGCGCCCCGAGCCGGGCCCAGUGGUUCCAAGUACGGGAGCGCCGUGGGGACAAAAACCUCCCCCAGCGCGCCGGCUUCUGUCCCGUCGUCAGUCCCGCGGGCAGAUCCCGGGCGGCGACGAUCCCGGCCGAUCUCGGAGGCGUAGCUCCGCGGGGAGGAGGAGGAGGAGGAGGAGGAGGCCGAGGCUGCCCGCGGCCGCUGCCCGGAUGUUGCGCUGGCUGAUCGGGGGAGGCCGCGAACCCCAGGGGCUGACCGAGAAAUCUCCUUUACAGACGAUAGGUGAAGAACAAACCCAGAAUCCCUACACUGAACUACUUGUACUAAAAGCACAUCAUGACAUUGUACGAUUUCUGGUCCAGUUAGAUGACUACAGAUUUGCAUCUGCUGGUGAUGAUGGAAUUGUAGUUGUGUGGAAUGCCCAGACAGGAGAAAAACUUUUGGAGCUCAAUGGACACACUCAGAAGAUAACAGCUAUUAUUACAUUCCCUUCCUUGGAAACUUGUACAGAAAAAAGCCAGCUGAUCUUGACAGCCUCUGCUGAUAGAACAGUCCUGGUAUGGGAUUGUGAUUCUGGCAGACAAGUUCAGCAAGUAUCAUGCUUCCAGUCCACUGUAAAGUGUUUAACUGUUCUUCAAAGACUGGAUGUUUGGCUCUCUGGUGGGAAUGACCUAUGUGUCUGGAACCGAAAGUUAGAUCUCUUGUGUAAGACUCCUCACCUUUCUGAUACAGGAAUCAGUGCUUUGAUAGAAAUACCUGAGAACUGUAUUGUGGCAGCAGUUGGCAAAGAACUGAUAAUUUUUAGGUUGGUAGCACCCACAGAACGAUCACUGGAAUGGGAUAUCCUUGAAGUAAAACGUCUCCUUGAACACCAGGAUAAUAUUCUUUCAUUGGUUAAUGUCAAUGAUGUGAAUUUUGUAACGGGUUCCCUCAUUGGAGAACUGAUUAUCUGGGAUAGCCUGGAUUGGACUGUGCAGGCCUGUGAACGCAACUUCUGGGAUCCAUCUCCACAGCUGGAUACUCAACAGGAAAUAAAACUCUGUCAAAAGACGAAUGACAUUUCUAUUCAUCACUUCACCUGGGAUGAAGAGAAUGUGUUUGCCGCCAUUGGACGGGGUCUGUACGUGUAUAACCUGCCGACGAAGCGUGUGGUCGCCUGCCAGAAAACAGCACAUGACUCCAGCGUCCUGCACAUUGCCAGGCUGCCAAACAGGCAGUUGAUCUCCUGCUCAGAAGAUGGCAGUGUGCGCAUUUGGGAGUUACGCGAGAAGCAGCAGCUCGCCGCUGAACCCGUACCAACAGGAUUUUUUAACAUGUGGGGAUUUGGAAGAGUGAGUAAACAAGCCAGUCAACCUGUUAAAAAGCAAGAAAAUGCCACUUCAUGUUCACUGGUGCUUCUUGGAGAUUUGAUUGGACACUCAUCAUCUGUGGAGAUGUUUCUCUACUUUGAAGAUCAUGGACUAGUGACAUGUUCUGCUGAUCAUCUCAUUAUUUUGUGGAAAAAUGGGGAACGAGAAUCUGGACUGCGCAGUCUAAAAUUAUUUCAAAAAUUAGAGGAGAAUGGUGACUUAUAUCUUGCUGCCUAGUUAAAGGAAUUGUAACUACCUAUGCAUGAACUGUGAACAUUGAAAGUAGGGUAGUACUUUGAAAACCAUAAUAAUGAUAAUUUAUAUUUAUAAAAUAUUUUCUUGUCAUGCCAUAAAAUUCUAUGUUUGAAUUUUUUUUUUUUUUGUGGACUUGUAAACUGAUGUUUUGUGGCCUCUCAAGUAUUAGUAUAUUUACCAAAGAAUAUGAGUUUUUCACAUAACAGACCUGUUGUAGAAGUUAUAGAAUUGUGACUUAAGUAGACUUAUGAUUAUUUUUGUGCAUUAAAGACUUAAAUGAGAAGACCUCUCACUCAGUUGGCAUCAUUUUGACACCUGUACUUAAGUUCUUAUUCAUAAACUUGAGGCAUUAUAACAUAGAUUGAUCCCAGAGCCUCACUGAACAUUGGCAGGAGAUAGAUUAUCCUGAAUCUUCAUGUUGAGAUUCUUGCAGGAAAUAAAGUCUGCAUAGUAGCUGCACUCUGUGGUAAUUGCUGACUUGAGUGUCUGAACCUACCCUGUAUGAAGCUGGAAACAGAGAUGCGAUAAAGUCAGUCAGCAGAAACUUUGGAAUCUUGGUUUGCCCAUAACAUUUUGGUAUAAGUUGUUUAAAUCAUUUUUUUCUACUAACAUUCUAUAGAGAUUUUAUAGAGGUGCACUUUUUUGCCUCAGUGUGAACUGUCCUCGGAAAAUUAAAUACUUAUUGCCUUGAUUGGUGCUAGAUAGGUCAAGAGUUAGGAUGCUCCAGAAGCGCCCAAUUCCCCGUCACCUCUGACUCAGGAAAGAUUUUUACUUGUAUCAUUUCUUGCAGUGACCACUGUCCAGUAACACAGAAGAGUU